AAUCAACUGAAAAUAAAAGAUCUAAUCAGAAACUCUUAAAUGUUGCAGGUCGAUCUCUGAGACUUGUGAUGAUUGGAAAAACAGGUGUUGGUAAAAGUGCCGUCGGAAACACAAUUCUGGGAGAAGAACGGUUUGAAUCUCGUCCAGCUUCAGAGUUGGUGACCACAACCUGCCAGAAAGAAGAAACAACUUGGAGAGACAGAUUAAUCACUGUGGUGGACACACCUGGCAUCCUGGACACUGACGGGACAGAAGAGUUCAUUAGGACGGAGAUAGUCAGGUGUGUCCAGGUGUCCUGUCCGGGGCCUCACGUGUUCCUGCUGGUGAUCCAGGCUGGAAGAUUCACCAGGGAAGAGAAAAACUCAGUGGAGGCCCUGCAGGAGCUGUUUGGUCGCAGAGCGGAUCAGUUCAUGGUUGUCCUGUUUACCCGCGGUGGAGAUCCGGACUCAAGCAUCCAAGACUACGUGAGAGAAGGUGAUCCAGAGCUUCAGAGACUCAUCCGAAGAUGUGGGAGCAGAUUCCACAUCUUUGAAAACAGCAGCAGGGACAGAGAACAGGUGGAAGAGCUGUUCAGGAAGGUCGAAGAGAUGGUGGCAGCAAACGGAGGAACCUACUACACCAACGAGAUGUAUGAAGAGGUGGAAGCAGCCAGAACAGCUGCACAUCCAGUACAAGAAAACCAGUACAGCUUCAUUGAUUCACUUGUACGUCGCAUCAGGAAUUUUCUAAAUAUUCUUAACAGAGAUUAGAAAUGUUGUUCUAAAGCUCAUAUUAGUGUAGCAGGAAGAAGCCUGCCCCAAUAUUCAAAACACCUGGCCCCUAAUCACCUCAUGAGGGGUGGAGAGUAUAAAGGCAGACUCUCUCACCUGGUUGCUUAUGCGGCUGGUGGCUCACUGGUUCAGGGCUCAGAGUCCAGAGCUUAGCAGCAUCGGAGCAGGACGGCCGCUGAGUCACGAGUUCACCGAACGAAGAGACUUUUACCGAGAGCGGGAUGGAGGAAGGUGGGAGGUUCCGAGAAAAAAGUGACUGUAAUAGUAUGGAGUGUAGUGAAGAGGAAGGAAGGAGUGGGCAGAAUGAAGAUAAAGAGUGGGACUUGGUGGGAAAGGGUGGAAAGAAGUAGCGAGCUGCCGAAAGAGAGGAAAAAAGGAAAUGAGGAAAGCACUGAAGACACCGAUAAUGAYGGAAUUGAGGAAGGAAAAGAACCACCAAAAAGACAAAACCUGAACAUUAUAAUAAGAUUUGAUGAAGGAGAAGGAGUCAAGAAGAUUGAUCCAAUUAAACUAACAAAAGCAC